AUGUUCUCGAUACGCUCAUUGACCAGAUCGGUUCCCCGAACCCUCUCCAGAUCCAUCACCACCUCGUCCCUCAGACCUCUGCAGCGAUCAUCUCUCUUCCAGCCAACAUGGAAGCUCAUGUCUCGCCCUUCAUACGCUGCCUUCUCUACUUCAAGGCCUCGAUUCGAGGCUGCUGGCCAGGUUGAUGUUGAGCUUGCGGCCAAGUUCCAGGAAGAGCUUGCUUUAGAGACCGAGAGCGGAGAGACCGAGGAGCUUCCUGAGUCGGUCAAGUACUUCCUAGACAAUGGCCCAUUUGAGAUCAUCGACAAGGCCGGAGAAGAAGAGGUUGUCUUAACUAGGAAGUUUGGUGAUGAAAAUAUUCGUGUCUCGUUUACGAUUGCCGACCUGCAGAACAUCAACCCCGAAGAAGACUUCGGCGACAGUGCUCUUCAAGAUGAGCUCGACAUGGACGCAUCUCGAUCCAACAAGGACGCUGUCCCGGAAGAAAAUAUGGAUGAACAGCCUCUGGAACCCGGAUAUCUUGCCCGUGUCGAUGUUACCAUCGAGAAGCCAGGCAAGGGUGCCAUGCACAUCGAUGCCGUUGCCCGUGACGGUUUGAUCCAGAUCGAGAACGUCUCGUACUUCUCUAACCCCGAGCUUGCCAACGCUAAGACUCCCGAAAAGGAAUGGGAGCGACAGAGCCUGUAUGCCGGCCCACCAUUUGGAAACUUGGACGAGGAGCUCCAGACCCUCGUUGAGCGCUAUCUCGACGAGAGAGGUAUCGAUACCGCUCUUGCAUCCUUCGUUCCAGACUACAUUGACUUCAAGGAACAGAGGGAAUACGUCCGCUGGCUUGGAAACCUCAAGGGUUUUGUUGGAAACAACUAA